CUGUCAAUGUGGUUCCUGUCAUAAGUCGGGGAUUUCCAAAAACGUAAACUUUUUUUUUAAUGGUCAAUGUUGAAAUAUAAGAAAUGUCACUUCAACAAAAUUUCUUAAGCUCUUAAAAUAAUCUCAAUUUUCCGAAUUUGAUUUUGUUUGUUCUUUGGACUUGCGAAGCUGUCUUCACAAGCGCACUCUCUGUGACAAUGCCAGGAGGUAGAUGCAUUUGAUACAAGGAAAUGUCAGCUGAAGAUUGUAUUCCACUACGACAAUCCCAAAAUUAUCUCUGGGAUAUCACCAAACUUCUUGGUCAGGGUGCCACUAGUAAGGUGUACAAAGGCCGGGACAAGAGAAAUGGAGAAGAAGUGGCUGUUAAGGUGUUUUCGUUGGCAGCCAUGCAGAGAAGUCCCGAAGUCCAGAUGCGAGAAUUCCAGGUGAUGAUGCAUCUCAAACACGAGAAUGUUGUACAGCUUUUAGGGAUAGAGGAGGAAGAUGUGAACAGCCACAAGGUGAUUGUGAUGGAGCUGUCCCAGUAUGGCAGUCUGUACACGCUGCUAGAUGACCCCAAAAACUCGCUGGGGUUGGAGGAAGAUGAAUUUCUGAUCGUCCUCAGAGACCUCACUGCAGGGAUUCAGUAUUUAAGAGAGAAAGAUAUUGUCCACCGAGAUAUCAAACCAGGAAAUAUUCUAUUGUUCAAAGACGAGGAGGGAAGGUCUGUGUACAAAUUGACAGAUUUUGGAGCUGCUAAACAGCUAGAGAGUGAAGACGAGCAGUUUAUGUCCUUGUAUGGUACAGAGGAGUAUCUGCACCCUAACAUAUACGGCAGGGCAGUGAUAAAGGAUGGAAAUACUGGUCCAUUUGAUGCGACUGUUGACCUUUGGAGCCUGGGGGUCACGAUUUAUCAUGCAGCCACUGGACAAUUGCCAUUUAAAGCGUAUGGAGGGCGCAGAAACAGACACAAAAUGUAUGAAAUCACAAAAACCAAGGAGAGCGGGAUACUAUCAGGGAUUCAGAAGUACGAAGAUGGACCCGUGGAGUGGAGCCGGGAUCUCCCCCUCACCUGUCUACUGUCUGUAGGCCUGAAGAAGUUUUUGGUGCCAUUACUCGCCUCUUUGUUGGAGAGCAAUGAAAGGAAACGGACAACGUUUGACAGAUUUUUUCAGGAAGUAGGAAAUCUUAUGUCCAAGAAAGUUCUGAAUGCAUUUUGUCCUGUGACAUGGUCCAACAUGAGAAUCUACAUCAGGAAGGACACCAAACUGUCCCACCUUCAGGAAGUGAUUGCAGAGCAGUGUGAGGUAGCAGCUGUCAAUCAAAUUCUGGUCUUGGAUGGAGAGUUACUGGAACACACAGUGGAUCCCCUCACACCAGUGUCCAAGUACCCAAAGUCCAUCACGCCGGACAAUCCCAUAUUUGUGUUCCUAAAGUCGUACCCCGAUCACAGAUACUUUCCUAACUGUGUCUAUCCGGAGUUUCCUCGGUUUGGAAGCUCGGUGCACGUCAGUAACGACUACCAGCUGUCCAAGCUCUGCUGUACCGUCAUGGCCUUCCAUCUCAGGCUGGUCAAACAAUACCACCAAAAGUUACAGCUCUUACAAACCAGCGUCAGUGGAUACAUUCAUGAGCUACAGCACGAGAUUAUACACCUAGUAGACUACCUCAGACAUCAGAAACAGCACAACCAGACGUGUCAGCUGUGGACAAAGAAUUACAAUCACUCGGUGGCUCAGAAUACAGCCCUGGUCAGGGGGGCUGAUCAGGGGGCAGGGGCCAAAGACAGGGAGAGGCUCCUAGAGGGGAAUCAGAUAUACAUCAGGGAUCUAGAAAAACAGGUUGAGAACAUAAUGAAAGGAGCGGAGGAUCAGCUGAGUCAGAUACAGAGGGAUGAACUUCAGAACAAACGACUCGAGCACUACUGGGAUGACGAGAACAUGGCCUGUCACUCAGAUACAUACAGAUGUGGAGAGAAGAUAGGAAUUAUGUUGGAAUCGAUGAGGGGUAUCAUGAUCGCAUUUAAAGAAGACAGACACAGAGCUGUACUGGGGAAACUGGAGGAAAAUAUUCAUAUGGUAGAAAAAAAUCGACUUCAGACCCUGUGUUCCAAAUCCCUGUCGAUUUUAGAGAGUUGUAACCGGUGUACAGAGAAACAGUACAAUGCUUACUACAUGUGGUACAACCAAGCAGUGGACACACGAAAGAAAUGUGAUAAAGUUAACCUAAAACUGGGGCAUCUGGAAAAAAGGCAGAAUGAAUUUGUCAAUAAAUUAGACGAGUUCUCUAAAGCGAUGAUAGGCAGUAUGCAUGAGAUUGUAUGUGAACCAAACUUUAAAACCAGCAACAACGACCAUCAGAAACGGAAACAUUCCGUGGACCUCAUCAACAAAAUCAACAAUAGGUUAGAGUCUGUGGGGUUGGAUGUGUUAGCUAUCACUCAGCAUGUAGACGAAAAUUCCAAAAUAAUAAACAGCACCGAGAAACACAUAAUUGAAAAUGACGUGUGAUGUCACAGAAGAGCAUUCUAAAUCUGGCCAAAAACGUUUGAUGCACAGACUGAGAAGCAAUGCAGCGAUGCCUCAGACUCCGUCCUUUAAAUGCUGAUUUCCCCUAGAAAUCGACUGUAGCGGUGGUCAGUUAAUCUGUGGUUAUAGUCAAAUGUAAACCACGGUCAAUAAUUCGUGGAUUAAACCACGGUCAAUAAUUCAUGGAUUAAACCACGGUCAAUAAUUCGUGGAUUGGAGACAAAACGUUUGUAGGCAGUGAUUGAUGCGAGCAUAUUACUAUAAUGAGAAUGUUUCUUCAAAUCAGGCUAAACAUCAGAAGUGAAAACAAAAAGAUCUUAAGGUAGAUGAAGUAGCAGCCCUGUAAAACGUUUACUCGUUACAUUAUAACCACAUAGUCUACGAUGUGCACAUUGGAUUUUACAUUCAUAUGCAUGUCAUUUAGUGCUUAAAACGUGGUACACAUGUUCCAAUAUUAACAUUUCCAAUGUUUUACUAAGGAUAACUUUAAAACCAAUUGAAAUGAUUGACAUUUCCUCAUGAAUGUGAACAAUGUGCGUAGGAAUCUUGUUAAAUAUAGUACGACUGUUUUUACGGUUGGGAGUAUUCCGACAGAAAUGAAAAUAAAAUGUGAAUAUUUGUAUAAUGUCGUGAAGGGUCGCAGAUCAUUCCCUGUGUAUCUUCAGAACUGAAAUUUAUAUCUUAAAUGUACCUUAUUCAGCUAGCUCAAUGGGGGAAUGGUGAUUUCAACCCAUCUACUGAAAAAUUACAGUAAACAGUGGGCAGUACAAUGUACAAAACCCUUUACACCACAUGACUGUUGUAUGAUGAGAAUGCUGCUGAAGAGCAAUAAAGAAAGUGUUGUUAAUUCAUUCAAUUUCCAUGACUGUGAUAUAUUCAGAGACAUUUUAAUGAAUGAACUCCUGGGAAGUGAUUUUUGAGAGAGAGAGAGAGAGAGAGAGAGAGAGAGAGAGAAUAUUGUUAUUUCUACUAUGUGAAAGUUACAGUUUAUGUGAACUUUAAUUUUGUGUUAAAUUAUACUGUACAUAUCAUUUUAAAUUUUUAAAACUGUUUAGCGAUUGUUGAACUUUGAGAUUUAUGGAUCUCAUAUUAUUGCCUGCUUAUGAUAUAAAAUUAUAUUUUUACUGGGA